GUUGUGAUGGAUGACUUAUUGGUCUGAUUCGAGUGCUCUCCAAACAUCACAACGUUUCCUUCGUUUAUUGCUGGUGAAGUGUCUCAAUGUGAUUGGUGUCUCCCAGAACUUUAUUUUUUCUUUUUUGGUUGACCACGAGCCAGGGAUUUCCAUGAGUCAGCGGGAAUCAAAGAUCUAUCCUACCACUGAUAAGACCGGCUCCAUCAUGCCAGUUCCUUGCAGUAGCUGUGACAAGAAGCCAGCAGUCCUCAGGCGGCCCAAAACAGGCCACUCCCUUUGUAAAGAGUGCUUUUUCUGGGCCUUUGAAGAGGAAGUUCAUCAGACAAUUAUAUCUGCUGAGCUUUUCCAGAAGGGGGAGACUGUCGGGAUUGGUGCUUCUGGUGGGAAAGACUCGACCGUUCUGGCUCAUGUUCUAAAAGUCUUAAAUGAGCGCUACGAUUAUGGGUUAAAUCUAAUGCUGCUCUCUGUGGACGAAGGCAUCAGUGGUUAUCGUGAUGAUUCUUUAGAGACAGUAAAGAGAAACCAGCAACAAUAUGAUCUGCCUCUUAAAAUUGUUUCCUAUGAAGAGCUGUAUGGUUGGACAAUGGAUCAGAUUGUAAAGAAAGUUGGUUUGAAAAAUAACUGCACGUUCUGUGGUGUCUUCAGACGGCAAGCUCUUGAUAGAGGAGCUAUGAUGCUGAAGGUAGACAAGGUUUGCACAGGUCACAAUGCCGAUGAUGUUGCUGAGACUGUACUGAUGAACUUCCUGCGUGGAGAUAUUGCUCGACUUCGCCGCUGUACUUCAAUUAUCACAGGUAGUGAGGGAGCCAUCCCUCGCUGCAAGCCACUCAAAUAUGCCUAUGAGAAAGAGAUAGUGCUGUAUGCUUAUUUCAAGAAACUGGACUACUUCUCUACAGAAUGCGUGUAUUCCCCAAAUGCAUACAGGGGCUACGCUCGUGCUUUCUUGAAAGAUCUGGAAUCUAUCCGGACCAGUGCCAUAAUGGAUGUGAUUCACUCUGGUGAGAACCUGUCUGUAAAGGAGGAUGUGAAGAUGCCCACGCAGGGAACCUGUACCCGUUGUGGUUACAUUUCCAGUCAGCAGCUGUGCAAGGCAUGUGCUCUGCUAGAGGGACUAAACCGUGGGCUCCCUAAACUUGGCAUUGGCAAACAAUACAAAUUACAUAACCGCCUGCUGAAAAAGGAUCCGCUGACUGAGGAACAACGGAAGAAACUCGGAGCUGUAACUUUCUAAGUGCACACGUUCAUUUUUAAACUCUGCAGACUAUCUGGCUGAGGCUGGUAUUCAAGUGUUAACUCGUCCAUUUCCAGUGGGUUUGCAACAUGGAUACUGGAUCUAAAUUCCAUCGUCAUGUGCACUGCUUAAAGCCAGCAAACUUUUAACCACCAAAUAGUCCCUCCAUCUAUUGUGCCAAUGUCAGCCAUGUUUUGAAUGUUAUAAAGUUCUAAUUUUUUUUUAAAAAUGAGCACGUUAAUAUUUGGAGGGUUAUGAAACCUAAUGCUAAAAGACACUACCGUUCUAGUCUCUCAUAAACAUAGCUGAAACUGAUUGUCGUUACUGAUUUGCUGAGGCCACAGAAAUUCUUAAGAGGAGUAUUUGAUGAAAACCUUGUGCAAUAGCUGAUCAGCAAAAUGUAAAAUAUAUAUUCUGCACCCCAGGGUAAAGAAAUUAUUUUAAAUGUGACUUUUAUGCAAGUUUUUGAUUGUUGAGAAAAAUAGCUUGCACCCAGGCUAAUGAGAAGAAAAUCUCCCUUUUCUAGUUGGAAGCAUCUGCUAGAUGAAAGAAAUGUAAAUAGUCCUAACUUUGUUCUUAUGUAUGCCCAGAGUACAAAACCCUUCUGAUUUCAAUCUCCUGAAGCUUAAAAUUUUGAAAUUCCUAAUAGGAGGUGGAAAAUCUGCAAAAGUACAUUUAAGGUGUCAGGGGAGAAAAGGAAGAAUUAGACUGUCCGUUUUUGACACAAUAAGGGAGCAUCAUUCUAUGUUGUACCUGAGGCAAUCUUGGCAUGAUCGAUGCAAACAUUUCUUGAUUUUUGAAGAAAAAAAUGGCAAUUGGUUGCACUGAUCUGUGUUGAUGUGGGCUAUCUUGUACUCAGAGGAUCUGAAUCAUGGAUCAAAUUUGGUUUGGGAAGAUGAUAAAUUAAAGUAAGAUUACAUCCAGGCCACCUUGACAUGUGGCCUAGUUGUUACUUAGAGCAGCUUGACUGGCUGACAACCCAGCUACACAACGUGGAAUCACAGAAGCAAUAAGUACUGCAUGUUUUAGCCUUUCAGAUUCUACAUUCAUUCUGGAAUUCCUCUUGUUCACACCCCUUUUACUGGAUGCUGCCAGAGAUAUGUGCAACCUCUGACUGAAACUGUGUAUAGUCCCUGUUCAAUCAGAUAGUUGGGUAAAUUGAAUUAAUGACCAUAAUCCAUUUUUAGGUGACAUCAACAGAUUUUUAAAAAACAAUUUAAGUUUUUGCUCUCAUUAGAAAUAACUGCUUUUAAUAUUUUAACUGGGUUCCAGGAAAGUGGGAGGAAGGGAUUCCAAUGAUUGAAGCAGUGAUUCGCAAUGAUGUUUCCAUGAAACACUGCCUUGCUACACAGCCCAGCGUGACUGCACUCAAAACACCUGUUUUUAAUUCCGCUGAAGAUGAUACAAAUCAUUCCAUUUAGUUUUAUAUUUAUUAUCAUGAGCUUCUGGAUUUGUUUUAAUAAAACAACUAUGGUUAUUGA